AAUAUUUAUUGAGAUUUCUAUAAAAAACUUUUUAUUUAAAGGUUAAGUUAUUACUCAACAAAAAAAUUUUCAAUUUUUAAAAGAUAAGAUCAAUUCAGAAGCACUUUAUAAUAAAAAAUAAUAUAUAGCAGACAGAAUUCCAUUGUCUAAUUGGGGACCUUGUAAUAGAUUUGGAUUCUAUCCUACAAACAUAUCAAGAUAAAAAAUUCAAGAUAAAUAAUAGUAAAUGGGUCUUAGAUUUAUUUUUGACCUUUGAGGAGCCGUAUGAGAUGACAAUCUCAUGUACGGUUCUGUAAUAGCGUUGUGAACAGUAAUGUUAUCGUCGACUAUAAUUAUCUAACAGUUCAAGUACAGUUGAUAUAGUUGAAGCGCAGUCAAAAUAUGGUUUUUGGGGGUGGAAUUUGUGGCGUCAACCUAUAGGGUUUAUAGUUUUUCUAAUUUCGUCCUUAGCCGAGUGUGAAAGAUUACCUUUUGAUUUACCAGAAGCAGAAGAAGAAUUGGUAGCAGGUUAUCAAACCGAAUAUUCAGGUAUAAAAUUUGGUUUAUUUUACGUUGCUUCGUAUCUGAAUUUACUAGUUUCUUCAUUAUUUGUAACGGUUCUUUACUUAGGGGGUUGGAAUCUUUCUCUUCCGCACAUAGCCCUUCCUUUUUUUUUUGAAAUAAAUAAAGCGGGUAGAGUCUUUGGAACAAUAAUUGGUAUCUUUAUUACAUUGGCUAAAACUUAUUUGUUCUUAUUCAUUGCUAUCACAACAAGAUGGACUUUACCAAGGCUAAGAAUGGACCAACUCUUAAAUCUUGGGUGGAAAUUUCUUUUACCUAUAUCUCUCGGCAAUCUAUUAUUAACAACUUCUUCCCAACUUCUUUCACUGUAAAAGACUAUGAUAUUCUAUCUUCACGACUUGUCUCAAACAAGAACAAGAGAAAGAAACAAAACAAGCAUAAAAUUUUUUAUAGAUAUUCACAAUAUGUUUUCUAUGGUAACUGAGUUCAUGAAUUAUAGUCAACAAACAGUACGAGCUGCAAGGUACAUCGGCCAAGGUUUCAUGAUUACUUUAUCACAUGCGAGUCGUUUACCUGUAACUAUUCAAUAUCCCUACGAAAAAUUGAUUACAUCGGAGCGUUUCCGCGGCCGAAUCCACUUUGAAUUUGAUAAAUGCAUUGCUUGUGAAGUAUGUGUUCGUGUAUGUCCUAUAGAUCUACCUGUUGUAGAUUGGAAAUUGGAAAAGGAUAUUAGAAAGAAACGAUUGCUUAAUUACAGUAUUGAUUUCGGAAUCUGUAUAUUUUGUGGUAAUUGCGUUGAGUAUUGUCCAACAAAUUGUUUAUCAAUGACUGAAGAAUAUGAACUUUCUACAUAUGAUCGCCACGAAUUGAAUUAUAAUCAAAUUGCUUUAGGGCGUUUACCAAUGUCAAUAAUUAAUGAUUACACGACUCGAACAAUUUUGAAUUUGCCUAUGAAAUAAAAAAGAGAGCAACUCCCAAUUAAUAAGACUCCAUUUUGAUGUAAAAGAAAAGAAUGAGGCUCUUGCUUGGUGAAUAACUACAACUCCAAACUAUUGAUUGAUUGGUUUUGUUAGUGAGAAUCGUGGUAAAUUUUUGAUUUGAUUUGAAAUUAAUAUAUAGUUUUUAAAAUUCUUUCGGAUAAAGAACGAAAUAGGUGCAAUAACUAUAUCUAGAUAAAUCCACAUCUGUUCAAAUUAAAUUCAAUUAAUAAUGAAUUAAUAAUGAAGAAGUAUGAUAAAAUGAUUUCUUUUUUCCUGGCCAGGUCAAUUAAAGUUAUGAAAGAUUUCGAUUUAUUUAUCUAUUUAUAUAUAUAAUGGAUUUACCCGGACCAAUACAUGAUUUUCUUUUAGUCUUUCUGGGAUCGGGUCUUAUAUUAGGAGGUCUGGGAGUGGUAUUACUCCCCAAUCCAAUUUAUUCUGCCUUUUCAUUAGGAUUGGUUCUUGUUUGUACAUCCUUAUUCUAUAUUCUAUCAAACUCCCAUUUUGUAGCUGCUGCGCAACUUCUUAUUUACGUAGGAGCUAUAAAUGUUUUAAUCAUUUUUGCUGUAAUGUUCAUGAAUGGUUCCGAAUAUUACAAAGAUUUUCAUCUUUGGACCGUUGGGGACGGAGUUACGUCGAUGGUUUGUACAAGUAUUUUUGUUUCACUAAUUACUACUAUUCCAGAUACGUCAUGGUACGGGAUUAUUUGGACUACAAAAUCAAACCAGAUUGUAGAGCAAGAUUUGAUAAGUAAUAGUCAACAAAUUGGGAUUCAUUUAUCAACAGAUUUUUUUCUUCCAUUUGAACUUAUUUCAAUAAUUCUUUUAGUUUCGUUAAUAGGUGCGAUUACUGUAGCUCGUCAAUAAUAAAUCUUUCGAAUUCGGAAUACAAAUCAAACUUUGUUGGGGGUUAUCACAUUAAUUUCCCUUCUUUUUUUUUUUUUAAUAUAU